AUGAUGCGGCGCGGUUCUAUGGCGAUAGUCGGUGGGGGGGAACCGCUGAUCGUGGUCGAGGAGAGCGGUGUGGAGGACACGGACUACCCGUCGCGCCCUCUGGUGUCCGCCCGCGACCUCUCCGUCGACCAGGAGUCGCCCCCCGACCCCUACCACUUGUCGCCCUGGCGGGAAAACCGGAAGCACUCUCUACCAACACCGUCAUGUACUUCCGGCCCUACCGCCAGCCAGGUAAGACGCUUAUCCGAGAGGGGCGAAGGCGCCGCUAAAGAAGCACGCGAGGCAGCGUUUUUGGCUACUCUCAGCCAAGCGCCACCUCAGCCUGGAGGGAGAAGGCAUUCCGUAGUGACAAUUUCGAGGGUGCCACAAGCACUCUUCGGGCGCGGACGUCGAGAGUCGAUCGCCGCAUUUCCAGCGCUCGGCCGCCGCAGAGAUUCAGGUGCUAAAAAAUGUCCACCUGCCACCGACACGUUGGGCAGCACUCACAACUUGCAGCUCGACAUAAUGGACGAUAUAGUGCAGGCGCGCAAGGUCCGAAUGCGCCUUUGGAACACGUCUAACGAGCGGGUUUGCGAGGUUCAGCCGCUCGACGAGCGCUCCCCCAUGAGUGGAUCAGUGAGAUACACGAACCGUGGACGCCGCCACUCCGAUUUCGUUGGGGCGCCUUUGCCCCCUAUACCCGCGCGCCGCCGGGCCUCGGAAAUGCCGCCGCCGCCGCCGAUCCCGCCGCGCACCGGAGCGGGCGUCGUCUGCACGGACACCGACCUCCGGCUCAUGCUGAACGCCCUCACGUCCUCCGCUACGGAGAUAGAUCGCUGCGGCAAACCGGACAGGGCAAGGCGCCUCGCGGAGAUGCGCUCGAGCAGCUUCGACGCGACCAACCUGCGCGAGAGGUCCACGGAGUCGGGCGGCGCUUGGUUCACGCGCCGGCACCAGACGCUGGCGGCGAAGAAGACGGAAAACGAGCCGAGGAAGCCCAAGGUGACCUUUGCCCCGGACUCGAAACCGCCACCCGGUGAUGCCGCCGCCGUCAUCUGGGACAAGCCGACUGGCUCCGUGGUCGACGCCAGCGCCCUUGGCAGCGCUAUCGAAGUGUUUCUAAGAAGGAGUAGUGCGGUGGAGUCCACGCCUUCAACGUCGGGCGUCCCGAAGCCCAGCAAAAAGGCUGAGAAGGAGGCCAAGAGGGGCACUGAAAACCGAGUCAAGUCGCAGGAAACUCCGAGCACGAGCAGGCAGGCGGGCUCCACGGAGGGCGAGCGCUGGGGCAGCAACAGGCCGGAGGAUGAAGAGGCAGCGGACGGCUGCGACGCUUCUAUAUGUUCAUCAUUAAAGGAUCUCUUCGUG